ACAGUAGAAAAAGAAGAGGCUAGCAACAGCCCAUCGUCUCUCACUAACUUGAAUGUGGCUUUUUAUCUCCUCUUUGUUUUAUUUUGCCUGAACUGAGCGUCAGAUUAAAUCCAUACUCCGUAAAGCACUCAGACACUGAGCUGUGAUAGCGGAUACUUUCUCCAGAACAAUUUCGUACCGCAGUUUGGUCGCAGCCCGGCGGUGCUGUCAUCUCUACACUGAGUGAGGAACGAUGACUGAUGAUAACAAUAUUAGUCACAACCUGUCCGGGUUUCCCCCGAGUUUGCACAACGAGGACGAGGCUGUGGCGAUAGAAAAUGCCAUCAGGGCGGCUGUCACCACCGUGAUGAACGUGAUCUGCAGCGCCUGUAACCGCAGGGUGGCGGAGUACCAGAGGAUGGUGGCCGACAGGGACUCAGAGAUCAGGAGGCUGCAGGGCAAGUUGGAGCAAAGUGAGAGUGAGGUGAAGAUGUUGCGUCUGGAGGUGGGGAGGAGGCCUGAGGAUGGACGCUCCUGUCCGGUCACACCUAAUGCAGGGGCACUACACCCUGGUGAGGCUGCCAGAGGCUCUAAUACCCAAAGUGUAGGUGUGUCAACACCCACACAAAUUUCCCCCAAGUGCCAUGACACAACGGAGGCUUUUCCCCACCAACAUGCCCAGCCUGAGAAACCUUCAUGGGAGGGUGGAGGAGCAGCUGGAUGCAUCACGUCCCUGGUUAAAGAGGAACCCUCCGAUUUGGAGACGGUCAUCAAAUGGGAAGUGUGCGAGGGGAGUUUGCUGGAGGGUCAACGUGGAGCUGAGUGUGUGCACAAGGAAAAACCUGCAAAGAGAGACAUGCAGACUGAGUGUGAGGCAAAAACUGCUAAUCCACAGAUGAACAAAUUGAUGGCGACAGAGCAUGAGGAGGAACACGCUGCCCAUCUGAAGAGGAGAGGGGGGGAAAGAAACGGAUACCACCUGCCUGAGAGUGAGGAAGAGGAGGUUGUUGUGAAGAAACCUUGUGUGACCCACCCCUCUGCACCGAAAAUAACUGCUCCAAAACACAGUCUGGCAGAUGUCAGCUCCCCACAGACACACAGGCAGAGCUUAAAUGGCUCCCUAACUUCAAACUUCAGUGCUCAAGACCCUCUGACGUGUCAGCAGCAGACUUACAUCCCUGUGUCGGCUCCACAACCAACAUGUGAUCCAAUACUUCUAGAGGUCCUCGUUUCACUGGAGACCAUCAAACAACAGAACACCACCGUUCUUCAAAUACUGCAGUCGGGACACUCGUCUGCAGCGCCGCUCUGUGAACCUCCAGAUGUCGGGACACUUCCCCUUCCACUGCAGUCAGUACAGGACUUAAGAAGUUUGGAGCAGAGGCUUUCCACUGAGCCAGAGCUGAAGAAUAAAAUGACCUCCUACCUCAGUCUGGCUGGGGGGAUGACGACUAAAGAGAGUGUGUGGAGGAUAAUGGCCAAGCUUUUUACCAACACGUUGGCCAUAAACAUAAACUGGAGGGGAAGAAAUAACAAACAGAAAAUGGAGAACCUUACCAUCAAAAGAGUUAUCCUCAAUGCAGUCAGGCAGAAUUCGUUCUGCAAGGAUGCCGUUGAUGAGGAGAUAGAGAGCUACAUGAAGCGCUGGCUGCAGCUGGCAGCAGACCGAGACGGAGGACGGAAAAGAAGGCAAGAAAAGGGCAAGGAGGCAAACAGCAUGCAAGAUUACUGUGUGGACGAGAUGUUCACUCAUGAGAUGGAGUAGUGUAACCUACGUCUGCAACAGUGGCAUGCAAAAGUUUGGGCACCCCUGAUCAAAAUUUCAAUUGAGUAGUUAAGUAAGUAGAAGAUAAACUGAACUCCAAAAGGCAUGAAGUUAAAGAUGACACAUUUCCUCAAUAUUUUAAGCAAGAUGAACUUUUAAUUUCAAUCUUUUAAAUUUUCAAAAUAACUAAAAAGGAAAAGGGCCUGAGGCAAAGGUUUGGGCAUCCUGCAUGGUCAGGACUUGGUAGCGCCUAGGCUUCAAAAUGCUUCUUGUAUCCAGCUAAGAGUCUUUCAGUUCUUGUUUGGAGGAUUUUCACCCAUUCUUCCUGCAAAAGACCUCUAGCUCUGUGAAAUUUAUGGGUCGUCUUACAUGCACUGCUCUUUGAGGUCUCUCCGCAGAUUUUUAAUGAUGUUUAGGUUGGGGGACUGUGAGGACCUCAGCAAAACCUUCAGCUUGCUCCUCUUGAGGUAGUCCAUUGUGGAUUUGGAGGUGUGUUUAGGAUCAUUGUCCUGUUGUAGAAGCCAUCCUGGAAUUUAACUGAAUCCAUUCUUCCCUCUACCUGUGAAAUGUACAGCGUGCCAUUGGAUUCAACACAAGCCCAAAGCAUGAUCGAUCCACCUCCAGUGUUUAACAGUUGGACAGGUGUUCUUCUUUGCUCUUUGCAUCCUUAAAGUUCUGUUUUAACUUCAUCAGUCCACAGGACUUGUUUCCAAAAAACAUCAGCCUUGGUAAGAUGUUCCUUUGCAAACUUCUUACGCUGAAUUUUGGGGUGAGAAUGCAGGAAAGGUUUUCUUCUGAUGACUCUUCCCUUAAGGUCAUAUUUGUAGAGGUGUUGCUGUACAGUUGAACAGUGCACCACCACUCCAGAGUCUGAUGAAUCUUCCUGCAGGUCUUUUGCAGUCAAACCAAAGUUUUUAAUUGCCUUUCUAACAAUCCUACGAGCAGCUAUCUUGGAAAGUGUUCUUGUUCUUCCAGACCCCAACUUGACCUCCACAGUUCCUGUUACUUGCCAUUUCUUAAUGACAUGACAAACUGAGGAAGCAGCUUCCUGAAAACACUUUGCUAUCUUCUUGUAGUCUUCUCCUGUUUUGUGGGCAUCAGUUCUUUUAGUUUUCAGAGUGCUAGGCAGCUGUUUAGAUGAACCCAUGGCUGCUGAUUGUUGGGACAAGGUUUCAGGAGUCAGAGUAUUUAUAAAGCUUUGAAAUUUGCACCAUGACUGUGAACAAGCCACAGCCCUAACAAGCUAAUUAUGUUCUGAGACCCUGUAAAAGUUGUCUGAGAGCUCAAAUGUCUUGGGAUGCCCAAACCUUUUGCGUGGUGCUCCUUUACUUUUUUCACUCUAAAAUUGAAGACAAAACUAAUACACUGAUCUUGCUUAAAAUGUUGAAAAGCAUGUUUAAUCUUUAACCUCAUGCCUCUUGGACAUCAGUUCAUCUUCUACUGACUUAACUACUCACAGUAAACGAAAUUUUGACCAGGGGUGCCCAAACUUUUGCAUGCCACUGUACAUCAUACAAAUAACAACACUUAUUUUGACCCUUGCUCAUGAACACACAGUGCCUGGUUGCAAAAAAAAUCAUUUGUCCACAUGACUGAUUUCACUUCUAUCAUCUCAUGUUUAACUGUCAUAGGAUCUAAAGUUAUCAUAGUAACAGAGUACACUAAUAAACAGUUUAACAUGUCUGUUGCCACAUGUAAAUGCAUGCAUACACACACAAAACUACACACACUCUUCCCUUUAUCUGUUUAGUGUCUUGUAGGUAAGGUAGUAUCUGAUAGACACAAACAAAAAAGUAAAGCUCUUUUUUAAAAUCAAAUCAAAUAGAAGAGUUAUACCUUUACUAUUAUUGUUGUCAUUGCUCUCUAGGGUUCAAUAUUAUUAUAAUUGCACUUAUGCUUUAAUUUUAAAUCUUAUGUUGAUAUCAGUUUAUAAUGUUGUUGUUGAUCAUAUUUAUUUCGACUCCAGAGAAUAUGUUUGUUGUAGUCAUUAUUAGCAGGCCUUAUAGCAUUAGCAUUUAGCAACUUUUCAUAUUAGGAAUAUCAUUUCAAAAUAAUGUUAAGAUGUCUGUUUAGAUAAAAUGUACAUAGCUGUGUGUUUCUUACAGGAAAUGUAUUGCAGAAAACCAGUUUUAGCUACUGUUAAAUUUGUGAUACCAAUAAAAUCACAUCUUUUUUGUUAA